AAGAGAGAGUCAGAGAACAGGCAAGUUCAUUUGGUUAAACCCUGGUUAACCCCCCACCACGAAUCCCUGAUCCUCUGCGCAAUCGUGGGCGAGAAAAGGAAUGAAUGGCAGUCGGGGUCUACUUCAGCUAUGGCAAAUACCGCCGUCUUCUCUGCUUUUCGGAGGCUGCAGUUUUCCUAGAGCUGUGAAUUUGGUGCCUUCAAAAGUUAUGCACCCGACGUUGUGCUUCUGUCAGCAAAUGCAGACGACUGCCUAUGAAAUUGUCAAUGGGAGCUAUGUUCCAGUCAAAGAUACCAAACAAGCACCCAAAAUCAAGGAUAAAGAGGUAAUGCCUGCAGAAGCUGUUGGUGCAUUUCAGAAGCUUCCAAUGGUGAUGCCAUCAGUUGAUAUUCUAUAUUCAGCAUUGAGGAAGGCAAAGAGGGUCUCCCCUACGAAGGGUAUUGCUAAUGUUGCAAAGCGUGAGAGAAAUAGAGGUGCAAAACAACUUGACGCAUUAAUGAAGGAACUUGCAGUUCCAUUGAGGACGUACAAGGAGAACUUCCCCAACAGAAAAGAUUUGCACCCUUAUGAACGAUCUCUGGUUGAGUUGACUCUUGGGGAUGGGAACUAUGAGGAGGUGUUGGGAAAAGUUGAUGCUUUACGGAAGAAAGUGGUGUCAGUAGGAAAAGAACAUGCAUCCCUCUGCGCCAAGUCACUCACAAAGCGUGAAGCUGAGGAACGAUUGAUUGAGGGAAUGAAGAAAAUUGAAGAAAUGUUUAAUCGUGAAGGAAAAGCUAUAGAUGAUUUAUUGAAUAUUGCUAAGACUUUGCGGGCAAUGCCGGUAGUCAACCUGGAAACACCCACCCUCUGUCUUGUUGGGGCUCCUAACGUAGGAAAGUCAUCUUUGGUACGUCUACUAUCAACAGGAAAGCCUGAGGUCUGCAAUUACCCAUUCACAACGAGAGGAAUUCUGAUGGGUCAUAUUACCUUGAGCUACCAGAAUUUUCAGGUUACAGAUACACCGGGUCUAUUAAGGAGACAUGACGAAGAUAGGAAUAAUUUAGAAAAGCUGACACUUGCUGUACUCUCCCAUUUGCCAACUGCUGUACUCUAUGUUCACGAUCUUUCUGGAGAGUGUGGGACCUCACCCUCUGAUCAGUUUGUCAUUUACAAGGAAAUAAAGGAGAGGUUCGGUGACCAUCUUUGGCUUGAUGUUGUGUCUAAAUGUGAUCUGCUAAGUGAUUCUCCAGUAGUCUUCAUCACAGAAGAUAGUAGUGCUGAUGAUUUUGAGCUAGCAAAGUAUCGAAGAAUGGGGCCUGAUGGAGCAUUACGUGUAUCAGUGAAGACUGAAGCUGGUAUUGCCCAGUUGAAGAGUAGAGUGCAUGAACUACUAACUAGUCAGUCAGCAAAGAUAAAAGGCUGGAACAGCAAUGAAGAAACUCUUGAAGCUCUAAGAUAAUUGAUCCUUGAUAUGGACAAGAGUAAAUUGAAAUUCAGAAUUGUGGUUUUGCAACUGCAAAUCCAUAUGUUCCAACAACAAUGCUCCUUAUUUAAGCACCAUGGCCUCCCUCUUUCUCUGCCGUGCUAAGGUGAGCAACUUCCUUGAAGAUCAUGGUGAUAUGAGGCGGGCUACACGUAGAGACGGGCUGACUUCUACAAUAAGUCAUGCUAUAAUGGUUCGCGUCAGUACCAAAUUACUAACAAAUGCUAACUUGUGGCCUCCUGGUUCCUGAUAGGGUAAUUGGAGUAUCAAGGCACAUGCUUUGACAUGUUAUAUUAUUGAUUUGCUCUUCGAUUUGCAGAAGCAGCUGUACGAAUUUUUGCAGGCUUUUUGAGCUUUAUUAAUGCCAUGAGAUCUCUUGUCCCUGCUA